GCAUUGCUAGGCAGCAUGGCCCACGCUGUCGCUACCGUCGAGGAAAAGCUCAGGAGCAUCUCCACUGCCGUCGCCGACCUGGCCGACACCGUGCCCGUCCUCCAGCCAGCGGUGCAGCUCGUCGUCGGCGGGGUUGUCCAACUCCCCGGCAACGCUCUGCCCGAGGCCCAGGCCAUUGCAACCGGCAUCAACCGCAUAUUUGAGCGACUCGAUGAUAUAAAUACGGAGCUUCACGACAUGCGCACUGACAUCCGCACCAUCCAGGUGACCCAGAAGCUUGACGGCGCCUGGGGUAUCACCCGCAUUCAGAACUCGAAGGCGACCGCGCUCAGCCACCCUCUGAGCGCGCUCGCGACCAGGCCGAUCGUGGAGCCCGCCCCGGCGCCGCUGCCGGCCCUCGGACCCCCGCCGAUCGCGUUCCCCCGCACUCUACGCCAGCUGCGCGACCUCACGGGGCCCCAGCUCAACCAGAUCCUUGCCGCGUACGACCUUCCCAUCGAAGGCACCACGGACGAGCGCCGCGAGCGCCUCGCCUCUCACAUAGGGUGCGUCCUGUAGUUGUAGAGGGCCACCGUCAAGGUUAGAUACAAGUAAGGAUUGAAGGACGAACACAAAACGUCAUUUGUAACCCACACUGAGUUGUAAUAUACUGUACAUAUGCAUGUGUCAACG